AUGAAUUUCGAUAUCCCAGCCGACCUCAAAUCUUACCUGGAAUCUCUGGAUACCUUUAUUCAGUCCACACUGUUGCCACUUCAGCACUUCGGUGACAACAAUCGAUUCUUCGAUCAUCGCCGAGAGCAUGCGCGGACCGACUGGGACAACGGUGGGAAACCAAGAAAAGAAUGGGAAGAUCUGCUAGACAAGGCUCGCACAAUGGCCGACGAUGCGGGGUUUUACAGAUUCGCUCUGCCUCGCGCCUAUGGAGGACAGUCGCAUCCGAAUACCAACCUGUGGAUGUCGGUUAUUCGUUGCCAUCUAUCCUCGCAUCCUGUGUACGGCGGGGGCCUAGGACUUGCAAAUGACCUACAGAACGAACAUAGCGUAGUUGGGAACUUUCCUGACAUACUCAUGCUUCACCAUUUUGGUAAUGCCGAGCAAAAACAGACUUUUAUUGAUGCACGUCUGCGUGGAGAGUUUCGAACGACAUUUGGACUUACAGAACCGGGCCAUGGCAGUGACGCCACGUUCAUGUCGACUACAGCUUGCCGAAUUCGCGCAGGAUUCCAAAUAAAUGGUGUGAAGAAGUGGCAAACAGGAGCCCAUCGUUGUACACACUUUCUCAUUUUCGCGCGGACAUCUGGCAGCCCAGGUUCGGCACAAGGUAUCACUGCGUUCCUGGUCCCUCGUGAAACAUUAGGGGUUCGGAUCUCCAGUUAUGAGUGGACACUCAACAUGCCGACCGAUCAUGCGACUGUGGAGCUGGACGGGGCAUGGGUGCCUGAAUCGGCGGUUUUAGGAUGCAUCGACGAAGGUCUAGCCAUCGCUCAGACGUUCGUUCAUGAGAACCGACUUCGCCAGGCAGCUAGCUCCUGUGGGGCCGCACAGUAUUGCCUGGAUCGAAGCAUCGAACGCGCCCGAGCGCGAAAGGUUUGGGGCGAUGGCAAGACGCUGGCGGACAACCAAGCCAUUCAGUUUCCUGUUGUUGAGCUGAUGACCCAGGUGAAGAUGUUGCAACUGUUUAUAUUCAAGACCAGUUGGGAGAUGGAUCGCAUUGUGACCGACUGUGAGCUCAACGGGCAGGUCUCGCCAUGGGCCGCCAUUGAACGUCGACUAAGUGACCAGGUGGCCAUGUGUAACUUCUGGGCAAAUCGGUUAUGUUGUCAAGCGGCCGACCGCGCAAUCCAAAUUCAUGGAGGUGACGGAUACUCUCGCCACUAUCCGUUUGAGCACAUCUAUCGUCAUUUCCGUCGUUAUCGGAUUACUGAAGGGGCGGAGGAGAUUCAGAUGCGCAAGAUCGGCGCAUUUCUGUUUGGGUUUGCAGGCCCUCAGAAGAAUAUGAAGUCGGCUGAGCGCCUCCAGGAGUCAAAAGCCAAAAUAUGA